UUAUUUUCCUCCUGUUGCUAGCAAUCCACAAUUGGCCUAUUUUUUUAGGCUAAAUUAUAUUUUUUAUUAAUAAAUAUAUUAGUUAAUCUAUUAACAAAUUUUAAUUUAUAUAAAAAAUUAGUUAAAAUGCCGAAGAAAAAAACAGGACAACGGAAAAAAGCUGAAAAGCAAAAAUUGCGUCAAAAAGAAAUUCGAACAACUAAGGAACAAAUUGAUUUGGCUAAACUUCCAUCUAAUGCAAUAAUGGAAUGUGACAAGUGUGGAAAAAAACAAAAAAGUCGAGCAUUUUGUUAUUUCUGUCAAAGUAUCCAACGUUUGCCAAUUUGUGCUCAUUGUGGAAAAGUCAAAUGUAUGUUAAAAACUGGUGACUGUGUUGUCAAACAUGUUGGUGUAUUUUCAACUGGAUUAGGCAUGGUGGGAGCAAUUUGUGAUCAUUGUGAAGCUUGGAUUUGUCAUGGAAGAAAAUGUUUAACAGCUCAUGCUUGUACAUGUGCAAUGCAAGAUGCUGUUUGUCAAGAAUGUGAACGUGGUGUAUGGGAUCACGGUGGAAGAAUAUUUCGUUGUUCAUUUUGUGAUUGUAUACUUUGUGAAGAUGAUCAAUUUGAGCAUCAAGCAUCAUGCCAAGUUCUCGAAGCUGAAAGUUAUAAAUGUCAAUCAUGCAAUAAACUAGGUCAAUAUUCUUGUCUGAGAUGUAAGACAUGUUACUGUGAAGAUCACGUACGUAGAAAAGGUUUUAAAUAUGAAAAAAAUAAACCAAUUCCAUGUCCAAAAUGUAGUUAUGAAACUUCACAAACUAAGGAUCUCAGCAUGUCAACUAGAAGUCAUAAAUUUGGUAGACAAAAUCAAGCUAGUAAUUUUGAUGAUUCAGAUGAAGAAGGCAAUAGCUAUGGUUAUUAUGGAGGUGAAAGUUAUAGUUAUGGUGAAAAUGCAGGUGGUGAUUCAGACGAUGAUGACGAUGAUGAUGAUGAUGAAGAAGAAAGUGAAGAAUCAUCAAGUGAAAGCGAUGACAAUAAUGACAAAUCAAAUAAAAAUAAAAAAUAAUAAUUGUCAAAAUAACAAUAAAAUAAAUUGUGUUCAAUAACAAA